AUGGGCAAUUUUUCGGUGAAAAUGGGCAUAAUUUCAGGUCCAGGCCUUGUUUCGGCGAUUAUGCCCAUUUCCUAUGUGGUUCUGGUGAAUUGCUUCGAUUACGGUGGAAAUGAUCGAAACGACCCGAAAUCGAUCAGAAAAAGAUGGAAAGGCGCGCUGGUCAGCAACAUCAUCUCCAUCGUCGCCACCGCCUACUUCCUUCAAGAUUACACCCCAUCGCCAUUUCGGGAAAUGGGAUUUCGUUGGGAUGAGAUGGCAAAAGCGAUCAGUUUUCCGUUUAUUCUCAUGAAUGGAUUCUAUUUAGGACAAUUCGUGAUGAUGUACAUCGAUAGGACACUUUGGCACUAUUUUGACUACUACGAAUGGAAAAUGUGCUUCCGGAGUUGGGCGUGGCGACGGGACAUCAUUGUGGGUCCAAUCACCGAAGAACUCGUUUUCCGCGCCUGUUCGACGACACUGAUGUAUCAUGUGUACGGUUACAAAUUCACGUUGUUCUGGAAUCCCGUCCCAUUUGCCGCCAGCCAUUUUCAUCAUAUUUGGGAUGAUCAGAGGAAGGGCUACUCGUUGGCACACUCAAUUCUGCAGAGGGGCUUCCAAUUCGUGUACACCUACAUCUUCGGCUGUUUUGCCACCUAUCUCCAAUUGCAGACGAAACACGCGAUGGUGCCGAUCAUUGCUCAUACGAUCUGUAAUGCACAGGGACUGCCAAUGUGGCUCGAAAUUGCUGGAUUCGCCGGUUUCGGAUACCUACUGUACACUCAAAACGGAAUGCCAUCGCCCUAA